CCUGUGUGUCUUAGUUCAAAACCAAGAUGGCGUCCACACCUUGACAACAAGAAAUUAGUGAAUUUGAGGAAACCCAGAGCUGAAAAAGCCGUUUUCUCCCUGUUAUAAAUGACUCAAGAGCUGAGUUAUCUGCAGCUAAAGACUGCCAAUGAAGCCAGGCAAGCGGAGGAGGUCAGAGCAGACCAAAGGAAAAAGACUCUUCUUGUGCUAAUUCUACACUAUUUACGUGAAGAAGGCUAUACAGAUGCCGCUCAUAUGCUAGAGAGGGAAGGUGGAGUCAGUCUGACCAAAUUUGAAGUUUGUGAUAAUGUCGACCUGCCAACGAUAUUACAGGAGUUUGAAGCGUAUUAUUGUGUCAAGUUCAACAAGGCACCAAAAAUCAUCAAGAAAUCUCCAUCAAGUGCUGAUGCCACCAAGGGCCUUCCUCCAAAAUUAAAGUCUCUGAACAAAAACUCUAGGAAGGAUUCAGUGUCUUUGCCAAGUAUACACAACUCGGCAUCCGAUAGCUCACCCUCAUCCAAGAGACCCAGCAGUGACACAAGGAAGAAGACAAAAGUCACCAAACAGAAUUCAAGGUCUUCAUCACCUCCUACCGUCAGUCCACAAAGCACAUCUUCUGAACUCAAUCUUGCUGGGACAUCUAUUACAACUACAGGGAAAAACCCUCUUCCUAGUAAUCAGGCAGAACAUGGAAAGCGGGUCAUAGUUGACAUGAGAGCCAUGUUGAAUAAUGCCAUCAAGGGAGAGUAUAAUGCAGCCUUGGACAAUGACCCAUCUAGUCGCCUUCUCAAGCCUCUUGGAGGUUUUGCUGGUUUGACAGGCGAAUGGCGGGAUUUGGCUGCCGUAAUUAGCAGGGAUAUCUACUUGCACAACCCCGAUGUACGAUGGGAUGACAUCAUUGGUUUAGAUGCGGCCAAGCGACUCGUGAAGGAAGCUGUUGUUUAUCCUAUCAAGUAUCCUCAGCUGUUCACUGGUAUUCUGUCUCCGUGGAAAGGCCUUCUAUUGUACGGACCUCCAGGUACUGGUAAGACGCUGCUUGCCAAGGCGGUGGCGACUGAGUGUAACACAACGUUCUUCAAUAUCUCGGCAUCGUCUAUCGUCAGCAAGUGGCGCGGUGACUCAGAAAAACUUGUCAGGGUUCUGUUUGAGUUGGCUAGGUUCCAUGCCCCCUCCACCAUCUUCCUAGAUGAGCUGGAGUCUCUCAUGAGCCAAAGAGGCACAGGAGGGGGAGGAGCUGAACACGAAGGCAGCCUCCGGAUGAAGACAGAGCUCUUGGUGCAGAUGGACGGUCUAGCUCGCUCGGACGACUUGGUCUUUCUCCUCGCUGCCUCUAAUCUACCCUGGGAGCUGGAUCACGCGAUGUUGCGCAGACUGGAGAAGCGGAUUCUUGUUGAUCUACCCACACUCGAGGCGCGCAAAGCCAUGCUGAUGCAGAACCUGCCGCCAGUCAUCUCGGCAUCUGACGGGAAGGGGGUCGAGAUUCGCACAGAAAUCGACUAUGACAUGCUAGCAAAGCGAGCAGAGGGCUACUCGGGAUCAGACAUCAAGCUUCUAGCCAAGGAGGCUGCCAUGAGGAAAGUCCGCAAGAUCUUCGACAUCUUAGAGGGACAUCAUGCUGCAAAUUCCGAUGGGCGUGCCACCCCUCUCCCUAAGCUCGAGAUAGACCCUGUUGAGACCUCUGACGUCGAAGCUGCGCUGGCGCAUACCAAACCCUCCGCGAGGACGCUGACCGAUAAGUACAGAGAGUGGCAGAAAGAAUAUGAAUCGGUGUAGUCGGGGUAAGCGCGGGUUACCUGUGGAAACGCUUGCGCUUGCUAAAGCUCUCGCAAGGACUGUGACCGAUACGUACUGAGACUGACAGAAAUUAUAUGAAUCAGUGCGGGUACCGUUCAUCCCAGAGAGAAUACGAGUCAACACAUCGUUUGGGUAUGUUGGUAUAAUAUCGAGAAUGCACUCACGUGUAGCACUUGGAUGCUCUAUGCAUACGAAUGCAGAAUGUGUUUGUGGAGACAUGACGGAAAAACAUGACGUGACGCUUCAAAUAAGCCCAUUUCACAUCGAAUAAGGCGGAGAAUUCUCUGGGUACUUAGUAACUUAUAGCAAACAAAAUAUCAAGUGCGACUUUUUUUAAAUUGAUGCGACUUUUUAUAAAUUGUCAUUGAAAUUUGAGCUUUUCGUCCCUGAACUGAUACACAAUGCAAUGAUGAGCAAGGAAAAAUUAUCUUAAAAAGCCAAAAUCUGGUUAUGUGCACUUCGGCCUCACGUUAUUUGUGUUUUGAAAAUCAGUCCGUAAUACAAGGAACCUAUAGCCAUUGUAAGUAAAUGUGUCUUCUCUCUUUAUCUGGAAUUGCGCGUUUUCCAGGAUUUUCCGUCAUGUCGUUUGUGAAUGGUAUAGAGAUGUAGAAAGCGGUGCUAUAGAGUGACACAAAAACACAGCAAUCUUGUGCGUUUGGUUACGUCACGCAAGUAAAUAUAUAACGAAUGUAAAUAUACGCUAUGCGAUUUCAUAAACGUCACGCAAAACAAUGCGUCACGCAAGCGAAUAAGUGACCCAAUUGGAUGCGUCACGCAGUUGAUAAUAAAACAGUAUGUUACACAAGCGAGUGACUUAAUCGGAUGCGUGACGUAAAUUGAUCAUAAAACAAUGCGUCACGCAAGCGAUUAAGUCACUUUAUCUGAUGUGUCACGCAAAUAGCAAAGUGAGACUGUAAAUCGGUACUUCAAAUUUGUGGUUAUGUACAAAGUAGAUAUUUGUAAAAUAUUAAGCAUUCUAGUGUAUAUUUUUUAUAUAAAUAAAUCUCUACUUAGUUUA